AGAGAAAGGAAGCAGCGGGGAGUCGUGAGUUCCGCAUGUUGAGUCAUGGAAUUCCUUUUUACACAACUUUUUACGUAGAAAAUAAACGAACCGAAGGCCCGCGCGGAGUUUGUGACAAUAAACUCCACGCGAGGACGAGACAAGAUGCGCCUUUUUCUUGUCGACCUUCUUUUUUCGUGACUACGACAAUCAUCACGAUGUGGCUUGUAACCCUGCUCGGCUGCGCCGCCUGCUUCUUGGCAGAGGGCGGGUUCUCGGUCGUUAUUGACCCGAAAUACUACUUGGACCCGUACCGGGUGCGGGCUGAGCUCAAAGUGAUUGAGCACGAACAGAACAAGGCAGGAGUCGCACGGCCAGACUCCGCAGAUGCCGAGCCUCCGCUGCUGCAGCUGAUGCACAGGAAGCAAACCGAAGAAAAGAACGCUGAAACUACUCCGGCGAAACAAACGGGGCCCUUGUUGCUAGAUACCGCGACAUGCGCCAAAUUUGCUACCGAGAUCAAUGCACUGCAGUGUUCCCUGGCGACGCAGGUGACUGGGUACGCGGAGGGAUGCGAAUGCCAGAUGGGCAGCGAAGACGAUUGUCCGGGAUUCAAGGACACAAAAGAACCUUUCAAGGAGUUCUUUACCGCACAGACCGCGGACGUCCCGCUGCAGGGCGUGCGCUUGUGCAUGUACUGGAAGCCGACACCGCCGCAGGACCCGAGCCCGGAAGUCGCGGUGACGAAAGCGGUGACUUUGCGGAAUGCGCAACACCUUCUGGACACCGCCGGGAUCUACGCGCGUGACGACGCGAACGCCGUCCACUCGGGCUGGCUCGUGCGGUGAAGCUGUCUGCGUGCUGUUUUUCAGGGUACAAGUCCAUGUCGCAAAGAAAAUCGCAAACAGGAGAGCACUGUAUGAUGUCAUCCUCCUACCAAAAGACGGAUUUCACUUUUCUUUUCCACUGGUGCGAUAGGCUGUACUAUAUUCGAGAUGUUGCGACAGAACCUGGCCACUAUCAGUUCGGAAGCAACGUGCUUCCGCACAAAGUGCAGCCGCGAUUUCGGUUCCAGUUUAUUUUCGGUGUCGUACCAUUUUUGCCACGAUACGUAAAUAUAAUAGAUCAUCUGUUGCACCAUUGUAGUGCGG